CGGAAGCCGGAAGCUGCUCCGCUGAGCGGCGCGUGGAGUGAUGUCUGCCAGCGGGGCUGUGCAGCCCGGCCCCCCAGGGGCUGCUGUUGGGCCUUCGUCCUCCGCGGCUGGAUUGCCAGCCACAGGGCCCUUGUUCCGGCCCCUUAGCGCCGAGGAUGAGGAGCAGCAGCCCACCGAGAUCGAGUCCCUGUGCAUGAACUGUUACCGGAACGGCACGACGCGCCUUCUGCUCACCAAGAUCCCCUUCUUUAGAGAAAUAAUUGUGAGCUCUUUUUCCUGCGAGCACUGCGGUUGGAGCAACACGGAGAUCCAGUCAGCAGGCAGGAUCCAGGACCAGGGAGUGCGCUACACUUUGACCGUUAGGGGCCAAGAGGACAUGAACAGAGAAGUGGUAAAGACAGACUCGGCCACCACAAGAAUCCCGGAGCUGGAUUUUGAAAUCCCAGCCUUCAGCCAGAAGGGAGCUCUGACCACUGUUGAAGGAUUGAUCAGCCGUGCAAUCUCUGGCUUGGAACAGGACCAGCCCACAAGACGGGCAACGGAACAUGCCAUAGCCGAAAGGAUUGAUGAGUUCAUUGGCAAACUGAAGGACCUGAAGCGAAUGGCUUCCCCAUUCACUCUGGUCAUUGAUGAUCCCUCGGGAAACAGCUUUGUUGAAAACCCACAUGCUCCCCAGAAAGAUGAUGCCUUGGUGAUCACACACUACAACCGGACCCCACAGCAAGCUGAGAUGCUGGGGCUCCAGGCAGAGGCACCAGAAGAGAAGUCAGAAGAGGAAGAUCUCAGAAAUGAAGUGCUCCAGUUCAACACCAACUGCCCAGAGUGCAAUGCCCCAGCUCAGACCAACAUGAAGCUAGUCCAAAUUCCCCACUUUAAAGAGGUUAUCAUCAUGGCCACCAACUGCGAGAAUUGUGGGCAUCGGACUAAUGAGGUGAAGUCCGGAGGAGCGGUAGAGCCCUUGGGUACCAAGAUUACCCUCCACAUCACAGAUCCCUCAGACAUGACCAGAGACCUCCUCAAGUCUGAGACAUGUAGUGUGGAAAUCCCAGAGCUAGAGUUUGAACUGGGAAUGGCUGUCCUUGGGGGCAAAUUCACCACUCUGGAAGGGCUUCUGAAAGACAUCAGAGAACUGGUAACCAAGAACCCAUUCACACUGGGCGAUAGCUCAAAUCCUGACCAGUCGGAGAAACUGCAGGAGUUUAGCCAGAAGUUGGAUCAGAUCAUCGAGGGCAAGAUGAAGGCCCACUUUACUAUGGACGAUCCAGCAGGAAACAGUUACCUGCAGAAUGUGUAUGCCCCUGAAGAUGAUCCGGAGAUGAAGGUAGAGCGGUACCAGCGUACCUUUGACCAAAAUGAGGAGCUCGGGCUCAAUGACAUGAAGACAGAGGGCUAUGAGGCAGGCCUGGCCCCACAGCGGUAGCAGUGCACAGCUCACAGGCCAGCUUCAGUGCCACCAGCACCACAGGCAUAUUUAUGACUGUUGGAAAACGAUGAGCAUCCAAGCCCCUGCCUGUGGUGAGGAGGAUAUCGCUUGAGCUAGAGAUCUAAGCAGCGGGCGAUAUGCAGCUGCAGGCCUACUGUGUUCCUUGACCUUCUUUUGGAGGUUUUAAGUCAGAGAAGAACCCCAGAAACACCGUGUAGUCUGCCAUCACUUUUUGCCUAUCAGCUCUCUACCCUUCAGUGAAAUAUAAGUUACAGCUGUCUUUGGGCUUUCCUAACUUUCAGCGGGAAAGAACAUCUGGGGAAGGUGGGUAUGGAGCACAGGUGAAGAAGCUUCCAUUAAAGUGAUGGCUUUUAAACAAGA